AUGCGAGCCGUCGAAAACAUUAUUCAAGAACGACGACUGUUGGAAGAAAUAGAGUUUCCCCUCGUGUGUAAUCUUCGCUAUGCAUUCCAAGACGAUGAGAAUUUGUUCAUGAUUCUGGACUUGAUGCUUGGCGGAGAUUUGAGAUUCCAUUUGGAGAGGCAGGGGCCGAUGAACGAAGAAGUGGUGAAAUUUUACGUCGCGGAAGUGGCGCUAGGAUUAGAUUAUUUGCACUCGAGAAAAAUUAUUCACAGAGAUUUAAAACCUGAUAAUGUCCUUCUCGACGAGAAAGGUCAUGCUCACUUGACAGAUUUUAACAUUGCUGUGCAUUUCAAUGAAAAAAAACCUUUGACGUCUGUUGCUGGAUCAAUGGCAUACAUGGCUCCCGAAGUUUUAAUGAAAAAGGGAUAUUUGG